AUGAUAAAUCUAAUAAAUCUUCUCAUAUUUGAAACUACAAAACACGUUCGCACAAUAGCCACUCGAUCGAAACGACAAUACCCUGAGCUUUGCUGCUCUUGCGGUAUUGGAGCACCCGGACCAGUUGGACCGCCAGGAGAAGAUGGAGAACCUGGAGCAGACGGAAAGCCUGGAAAACCAGGUCCUCCAGGAGCCGAUGCACCAAGCACCACCGCCGUACCGACAAAAGAUGACUUCUGCUUUGAGUGCGAGCCAUCGCCUCCUGGACCCGAUGGAGUUCCUGGACCUAUGGGACCACCGGGACCACCUGGUGGACCAGGAGAGAGGGGACCUGCUGGACCAGCAGGACAUCAAGGUCCACCUGGACCUCGUGGAGCAGCCGGUCCCGCAGGCGCGGACGGAGAGCCAGGACCUCGUGGACCCCCUGGACCUGUUCGAACUCUACCAUCGGAGUCUGGAAAGAUGGGACCACCAGGAGAGCCAGGACCACAAGGACCGCCUGGACCGGAAGGCCGUCCCGGACAGCCCGGACGAAAUGGACAACCCGGACCUCAAGGAGAUCCGGGUGCGGAUGGACCUGAUGGUAAGAACGGAGAAAAUGGACCACCAGGCCCACCCGGAAAGGAUGGAGCAAAGGGAUCUUGCGAUCACUGUCCUGUUGCACGUACUCCACCAGGCUAUUAG